GCUGUUUGAAAGUGCGGAAAAGUGCAUUUCGUUUAUCCAAAGCCCGAAACCGUUUGUGCGUGGGAUACCAGGCGCAUCCAGAGCUAACUCCCCCGCAGAGCUCUAUUUUUGAGCUGAACCUGGGCAUUGCUUUUUUAUCGGAAUCAGAGUGUGCUCAGGCAUCAUUCGCGAACUGAAUGCCGUACAAACUGCUUCCACAAUACGGCCCGGCGGCACUUGUUGCGUUGUUUGUGGACUGGCGUGAAAACCUAAAGAAGGAGAUAAGAGCUAAUGUGAUUGCUGCUAGGAUGGCAAAGUACCGGAUUCACCACAAGUAUCACCGUAUUCCAAUCGAAUGCUGUCCCAGAUGCAAGUCAACGGCCGUCAAGUUGGAAAUCCGUACUAGUCGCUCGGGAUGGAAGAAACUAAAGAAGAAUUUGGUCGAACUAUGCUUCUGUCGGCCAUAUAUUCCAGCGGGCAUGUAUAAGCAGGGUCAUACAUGCCGAUCCUGCGGCUGGAUGGACGUAAUUAAGAUAUGUUAAAGGAAUAUAAUAUUAUAUAUAUAUAUAUAUACAUACUCACGAACAUUCAGAUAACCAAUAUGAUCAAAUAUUAAUUACGAUCAAAUAUUAUUCCGCGUUCUUCAAAGUUA